AUGCUGCAGGAGAUAAGAGACUCGGUGCGGGAAGUGGCUGAAGCCGUCAACAAACGGCAGAAUCAGCCGCGACACUGCAGGGACGUCCUGGAGGCCGGGGAUGGACAGAGCGGCGAGCGCGUGAUCUACCCUUACCCUGGACAGCCAGAUCGCCGCCUCAAUGUGUAUUGCGACCAGACCACGGACGGCGGCGGGUGGACGGUGGUACAGAGACGCACAAAUUCUACCGUCCGAGAAGACUUCUACAGAACCUGGAGUGAAUAUCAACUGGGAUUCGGCAAUAUUAAUACAGAGUUUUGGCUGGGGCUUGACCCUCUGCACGCUCUGACCUCCACAGACCUACAGGAACUACGGAUCGAUCUUAUAGACUGGGAGGGAGGUCAUCGGUAUGCCAAGUACGGCUUCUUUAAGGUCGCGGACCCAGGAACAAAGUAUCGUCUCAAUGUUGGGAGGUACAGCGGCGACGCAGGGGACGGCCUGGGGGAAGGCGGCCACCCGGGUUCCAAAUUCUCAACCCAUGACUCUGACAAUGACUCCUACGAGACGAGCUGCGCCCAAAAGUUUCGUGGCGCCUGGUGGUACAACGCUUGCCAUUUAUCGAACCUGAACGGCUACCAGUAUGUAGGCAACCACACCUCCUACGCCGACGGCAUCGACUGGAGGCCGUGGCGGGGCUACCACUACUCGCUGCGGCACACCACCAUGAUGAUCCGGCCCGCCUAAGGAGCCGCUGCCACGACUGACAAGCCCUCGGACACUUUAUGAUGCCAAGAAACGUUUGCUGAGCCACAACCGGUGUUUUGGCUUGUCUGGUGGGCCCCUCCCGAUACCUUGACACACCUGGAAAGCUAUUUCAAUUAUCUAACCUGCCCGCUGAGCCAUUCAUCUGGCAAUCCUGAGCCUUCACAUGCACUUCUGAUAACUACACUUUUUUUCUGUUUCCGCCCGGAAUAAGUUAAAAUACAUUCAUUGGCUCACCAAAAGCUCCUUCAUCAAUGUAAAUGUAAAAAAUCUUGCUAACUCUAAUUCCUGUAGAGCAGUGUUUCCCAACCUUUUUCCAUUCGUUUCCCCCUUCAACCAGUUCAACCAGCCGCAUUACCCCCUUCGUGUGGACAAGGAAAAAAAAUAGCCAAAGCACGAUAUUUUCCUUCUUAAUAACACAAAUAGCAUAAUAAACAAACAGAAGCCAAACACAAAAUUUACUUGCUUAAAAACACGAAUCAGUCAAUCACUAGCCCUGACGCCCCGUUUCCGCCGGGACCUCCCUCCAAGGGGUGGCCAGGACAGAAGAGUCUCUUGUUUUCCCUCUCCAAACAUACAUUUCUCGGUCCCCUCUUUGACCCUCUCUUUUACGUAUCCCUCAACUCUAUCUUUCGUAGCAUAAAUGUUGAUUUUUGCCUUUAUAUACUUGAGGAAAAGUCAAUUCCGCAUUCUACCAGAUUUUUUUUCAGUCGACUAAUUGCUAGUAAUUUAUAUUUCCCUCACGUUAAAUUUCAACCAGGUUGGGAAAUGCUGCUCUUGAGUCUUCUGGCCUCAGUAAAAAAAAAUGUCUUCUGAACAGGACAUUUCUAAAGCAUUUAACAACUUUCAGCCUUCUUUGUGAUCCCUAGUGCAGAUUCAGCUAAGAGCUUUAUGCUUGCCCUCCAAAAUAAUUAUAGGUUAUCAUAUAUUAAUCGCUUCGUUGAAACUUUUCCUGUUAUUUCAGACAUUUCGAACGCUUUUGACAGUGCCGGUUCCUUUGAGCCCCCCCCCCCUUCUCCCACCUCUUUGUUCACAUUUUUUGUCGUAUGUGUUCACCCCUCAAGUUAUACCCCUGGCCUAAGCAAUGUAAAGUAAAUAACCUGCAAUGUAUAAUCUCAUUAUCUUUAUGAAUUUGUUUGAUUUUAUUGUUUAUAAAACUUUUUCACAGAGGAAUAUUAAAAACACCAUCUCGACAUGCCCGAUUUUUUUAAUACAUAUCCUAAGGCCCCCCACUGAUCAGAGGCCCUACGCAAUGAGAGUAUGAGUAUAUAGGCACAACACAAAGUUAAAUGCCACAUCUACUGCUAAUUAAAUUAGCUUCCUCGAGGUUAGGCAUGAAGAAGCUGUGUCGGUUCCAUUUGUUCUCUAUACUAGAGUCUCCAUUAAUUUUAUUUGUUUCAUCUCAGAUGCUAAGUAUAUGAUUACAACUGCCCUCCUCCGCCCGUGUACAGCAAGGGGACUCCACCUUGGUAGAUUUUUUGGACAGUGGAGUCAAGACAUUGGCUUCAUCUGCUUCCCUCCUCCUGCUGAUUGUCUUCAACCUCCUUAAUUCCUCCACGAUACUGCUUGCCUUUCUAUCUUCAUUCUCUCUUGUCAUUCACUGGUAAAAUCUGGAACUGCCUUUCUUCUCGCCUGUCUUCCUUUUAUGCUAUGACUUUAAGGCUUUCUAGGGAUGAGUGUCAGGAUACUCUGUAAUCGAAUAGGCUAUGAUCCUCUCUUUUGGAAUAUCCUGCUGUCCUAAGUUUUCAGGAGCAGUGGUGGUCUGCAUUUUUUUUUCCUUUCUCUUAUCUGUUUCGCCCCAGAGUUGCCGCCUUUGCUGUAAAAUCAAAAGAAUUACACUGAUGAGAGUAUUGCAGCGACAACCCCAAGUGAAUGCUUAUUACAUCGGUAUGAAUAAUAGCAACCACUGCAUCAUGCUUACAGGCGCUAGCUUCAAGAGGCUGUGUAGUCACUGUUGAAUAGGUAGUGACUUGCGUGAUGAUGUUAGUAAGUUGUGAAAGUUUUCUUCAUGCUCGACUGGAUAGCUGUAGUGUCUUUAUAUAACUGUUGUCUCCUUCUAGAUAUUGUUGUUUUAUAUGCAUGCUAGGGUGCUAAUAUGUAUCGCCGCUAUAUAUACAUCUAUCAAUAAAAAUAUGUUGAUUAUUUAACAUCUAGUUAUGAGGGCCUAUAAACACAAUAAACAGAUCAUAAACGAA